GUUGAGACAGGCAUCGAGUUUACCUUUAAUUAAAUGUCCACAAUGUUUACCUGAACACCGCCUCACCUGUUGUUUACUUCCGUUGUCAAUGCUAACCGGUGUGUGUAAAUAAGUCACUUCGUCUGGUUAGUCCCUUCAAGUACAGCAAACACUGCCGCCAUGGAGAAGGGGCUCGAAUACAGUACCAGCCGGGGGUCGAUCCUCGCCGAGCGCGGUCCCCGCAACAUGGUGCCUCUCAACAAUUACCUGGCCGGAACCGGAAAGAGCAUCGUGUGGAUGGGCGCCGCCUAUUAUGUGCCGAGCGAGAACAGAUGGAUCCAGCAACACGAGUACCGGACGCUGCCGCGGGAGGCGCGCCGUGACGCCAUUUACUUCGAGAGCGAGGACGACUGGGUCGCCUGGAAGGAUCGAAGGGAUCGGCCGUCACAUCCGUCAGGGAUAUCGAUGUCUGGUUACCCCACCGCGUAUACCGGCGUCCCCGUACCGACCCUUCUACCGUCCAAAGUGAAUGCAAUCAACAGACGAUGGUCCGGUGCUGGAUACUUCACUCCGUCCAGUAACAGAUGGUUCCACGACACGGAUAGCCCCGGUCUUCCGAGGGAGUCUCUGCAGUUCUACAACGAGGAAGACUGGCUAAAGUUCAAAUACAUGGUGGCAAAUCCAAACAUGAGAAAGUAACACACGGUGGAGAAUCCAAUAUGAGAAAGUAACACACGGUGGAGAAUACAAACAUGAGGAAAUAGUGUCAGCAUUAGUCUAGCAUUAUAAAACUGUUUAUGAGCUUCGUUGUAUCAGAAUUAGUAUAUACAUGUAUUAUUCUAGCCUUGUUCUCUGAAAACUGGGCUUAAUGCAUAUACGUAAAGUGUCGCCACAUACUAAUCUAUGCAGUCCACACGAGGGACGACACUUUUCGCUUUUAUAGAAUUUACCGCUUAAAAGAGACUCUUCGGAAGGAAAUUCCAAUGUGAGCGGAGAGUAUUGUCACUGAUUAGCCUGUGCGGACCACACAGGCUACUAUUGGGCAACACUUAACGUACAUGAAUUAAGCUGAGUUUUCCCAGAACAUGGCUCAUAGGGUUUAACCCUUUGCAUGCUGGGAAAUUUGUCGUCAUCUAAUAUGUCGUCUGCUGAAUUUCUAAAAUUAGCAUUUUCUUCGAUUUUUUUUCAAAGAAUACUAUCAGAAUAGCAAACAGUUUGGAUCCUAAUGAGACGCCACGUUUUGUGGCGUCUCAUCUGGAUCCAAACGGUUUGCAAAGGCCUUCAAAAUUCGGUUCCCGCACUGAAAGAGUUAAAGGGACAUUGUCUCGAUUGUAAGAUAUUUAAACUUGACGAUUAUUGUGUGACAAAAUGCCAUUACAAAAUAAUGUAAAACGGCUCAAAAUUAAAAAAAAAAUAUGUUGAUGAGCGAGAAAUUAAUUGCAUUUAUAACCUUCCGAAAUUCGCAGUACUUUUAGAUAUGCACUCUCUCAAAUCGAUUCCACUUUUCGGUUUCAAUUUUCUAGUUUUCUUAACCCCAUUGUUAUAGUUUAAUUUCCAUGACAAAAGUUUAAGCGUUUUACUGAUUUUUUUUAAUCAAUUCGUGAGCAAUAUUUUAGUUGAUUUCCUUGUGCUGAUUGUUUUUAGUUUGUCCGUAGUGUCUGAAGAUGAUAAGUUUACGGCGUAAUAAAAGUCAAAAAUCUAUUAAACGAAUAUAUCUUAAAAUGUUUAAGCAAUUACACAUCAAAAUAUCGCCCUAAAAGAUAUCGCAGCAAACAAAGUUUUAAGGUGUCUAAGAAUGUCUUUUAAGUGCCAUGUCGACCAACGACGUAUGCUUGCAAGUGUGUGUAUUACCUUGUGAAAUGCAUUCCUAGAGACUAAAGCUUACAACGAACAAUCAAACGAAUUGUUUUAUGGGAUAAAGUCGAUUUACAUUUUUGCAGUUAUUUUUGUUGGAUUUCAGUUCUAAACAUCGUAUGAAAAACUUCAGUUCGGUGCAUUUUGUUUUUAAUUUAUAUUAUUUGUUUGUUGGUAUUUUUUAUAUUGUUAAAACUGUUUUGUAUUGCUUUAUUGUUGUGGCUUUGGAUAUACAUGAGGUGUAUUUCCAUUUGCGCUUAGUUCAUUGUCUUUAUUUUAACGAUAUGUUCACGGUGUUUUCGAAACUGUUCACGUUUUACUUGCAUAUAAUUGUUAUGUUUAUUUUGUAUUCGCAAUAAAUAAGUUACCGUUA